ACCAGAAGCAGAGGCAGGAAAAGUGCCUGCAUUCUCUCUUCUCUCCACUAAAUGAAUGAGAGCAGUUGUUGCUCGUGAAGUUUCAUACACAUACUGGAGGUGUAUACACUGACUUCAGGUGUGCUAACGGCGUGUGCUGUCCAUACGGUGUUUUUCCUUUGAGAUCUUUGGUUUGAGGCUGUGACCGACUGACAGAGCAGAGAUGUCCGGGAACGGUGCUUUGGCUGACGGCCUGCUUUCUUACGAAACACUGGUUCACGCUGUGGCAGGAGCAAUGGGCAGCGUGACAGCGAUGAGCGUCUUCUUUCCUUUGGAAACGGCCAAAAUCCGACUGCAGGUGGAUGAGAAGAGAAAGUCAAAGUCCACGCCAGCCAUUUUGGCAGAGAUCGUACAAGAAGAAGGCCUUGAGUCCCUGUACAGAGGCUGGUUUCCAGUCAUCUCCAGCCUCUGCUGCUCCAACUUUGUCUACUUCUACACCUUCAACUCACUGAAGAGGCUGUUGCCUGGUCCAGGAUGGUCCAGACCUGGCAAAGACCUCCUAAUGGGGAUGGCAGCAGGAGUGGUGAAUGUGAUCCUGACCACUCCCAUGUGGGUGGUCAACACUCGACUGAAGCUGCAGGGGGUGAAGUUCAGAAAUGAAGAUCUUCACCAGACCCACUACAAGGGCAUAUUUGAUGCUUUCUCUCAGAUCAUAGCCAGUGAAGGAGUGGGAUCUCUGUGGAGUGGAACUCUGCCUUCACUCCUCCUCAUCCUCAACCCUGCUGUACAGUUCAUGUCCUAUGAAGCCAUGAAGAGGAAGAUGGGCCACAGAGGGAGAAGAAUUUCAUCAGCAGAGAUCUUCCUCAUUGGGGCAGUUGCCAAGGCCGUUGCUACAACAGCGACAUAUCCUCUACAGACAGUUCAGGCCAUCCUGAGGUUUGGUCAGUACAAGGAUGAUGGUAAGGGUGGUUUGAGCGGAAGCAUCCUAAAGGUUGUCUCCCUGUUCAUGGACAGAAUCAAGAAGUACGGUUUCCUGGGUCUGUACAAAGGUCUGGAGGCAAAGCUGCUGCAGACGGUGCUGACGGCUGCCCUCAUGUUCGUGGUGUACGAGAAGAUUACGUCAGCCACGUUUAAAGUCAUGGGUUUGAAUAAGAAGCUGAAGUAGCCGCGACACCCCUGCUUUACUAAAAUGCACUGUUAACACGUGUUCAUAAGUAGGAUAUGCCGACGCAGCAGAUGUAGCACACAGAUGCCUUUUGACACCGAGGAUUCCCACACUGGCCUGUAAAAUAAAGUUGGCAAGUUUGUGUAAAGAAAAAAAGUUUGACAUUUAGGGAAAAGUCACUUAAAAGACUUAUUUCACCACAUAUAUACUUUUAUUGUGAAAAUGCUUUAAUACUAGUAAAUAGUAAAUCUGUAAUUUGUAUCAGAGGGUCAGUAUGUUGUUUUAACGCAGUCUAUUGCACAGUUGUCUUAAUGAAAUACCUCUGGAAGUAAUGCAUUAGAGCCAGUGCCUUGUCAAGGCCAGUCAAGUUGAAUCGAGUGAAGUCGUAUUCAUAGAGAAUAGUUUCCAAACAAGCAGAUACCUCAUUUUCUGGAGAUUCAGUUGCUGCUAUAGCCUGCAAAACAAGGACCUCUUCUUUCACAUACUGUUUGUUCCAGUAGCCGCUCACCUGCUUAGCACGAUAGCAUUUAUGAUAAAACAAAAAUGUGGAACCUAAACCCUCGAAGGCAGUUUUUUAACCCUUUUAUAGCCACAUCCUACUGUACUACAUUCCACUCAGCAGUACACUCUAACAAUUGUAUAGUUUUUGUAUUCACAGUACUUCUUUCAUUCCCAUGAACACAACGCUGGCACGUGUUAUGUCCAGAGACUCAUUGGCAUAUAGACACCCUGAGCCUGGGUUGUACACAUAGCUUCGAGUGAGCUGUGAUGCAUUUUCCCCCAAAAUGUCAAACUUUUUCAAAAUGUCACAAGUUAAAAAAAGCCAAGUUUUGGGAAGCUAAUUCAAAACAUUAGCUGUCCUACUUAAAUUUCCUGGACAUUCCGCCUAUGCAGUAUGUGCCUUUUAAUGGAAUUAAAACAGUUGAACUGAACAACUGACAUGAAGACUGUUGAUGACCUACACGGACCAUGAUGCAUUGCAUUCCCCAUUGACUGUUGAUUCUGUUAUGUUGUAGUGUUUGUCGGGGUCUGUGUAAACUGUUUUUCUCCAUUGUUUAACCAGGUGUUUGUACUAAGGGCAGUCUGGACUUGUCAAUGUACUCAGUACAUUGAGUGUGAUUGAUUGACAGUUGCUGUGUUUUACUGAAAGUGUUUGAAAAG